AUGAACCAGGUGUUGGUGGCGCUGGUCCUGUUCGUGACGGUCGCGCGCGCGCAACUCCGCCCGGCCGACGCGCCGCCUGCCAUCAACGAUACACGAUGCGGUGCAGAGUGCGUGCGAUGCGCCGCCGACGGGUGUGUCAAGUGCGCUCGCCUGCUCGUCUGGCCGGGGGGCUCCUGCGCGCACGACUGCCCCGCCGGCACCCGCGAGGCCUGGGCGCACGAUGACCACCUCAUGGGCCGCGUGUGCUACCCCGUCCACACUUAUAACGAAGUAUUGGUAGGCGGUGCCUGCGGAGCUGUAAUUUGUAUUGCCUUAGUGGCUGCUAUCGCCGCGUACGCGCGAUGCCGCAGUGGUGCGCGGGCGCAAUCACAACCUGUGCCUCAACCACACCAGGAUGACGAUGCCCAACUCCGCGAGUUUCAUAAACAACUUGAUUGUUUAAGACCCCAUGCAUACACUCUACUGGCAAUAUUAAACCAUACGAGGCAUCAAGUACGAGAACUCUAUCAGCUUGGUAAUAACGACGCUGCUAUGGCUUACAGUUGCGUGUUAAGUGACCUGGCAAAGCUGCUUAUUCUAUUGAACAAACAGCAAGUACCGGUAGUGCCAGAUGAGUGGCCGAGGCUUGCGAGUUGGGCAGAAAGAAUAUUGAAAAGAUACAGUCGCAUAAAUGUAGAGCAACAUCAAGGGCAGUUGGUGAACUUCCUGCCAUCCCCACCGAGUCAGGGAUCUGAUUCCGAAACAACGCAGCAAUCAUUCACCACGUUCAAACCACCGUCUUACUCUACCACAUAUCAAAGUCACAUAUUAGACAAGGAUUUAGAAAACCAGUGCGAAUGGAGUGAAACUGGUAGACCACCGAGCUAUUCCCAAAUAGAAAAUGAAACCAUUACCCUAUCAGACCCAUGGGAACGCCGACCCAUAGUCAGGCGUGAAAGUGUAUGGCUGGAGGAUGAGCUUUUCGAAAUGACAAGGCGGCCUCAAGAUGAACUUACAACCGAAUUA